AUGGUGACAGCUCAAGUAAACGCAGUUGUCAACGGUGGUGGUGAUGGUGGGGGUGGUAGUGGUGUUGGCAAUGAGAGUGAGGUGGUGGUGGAGGCGGUGGCGAUGGUGGCGACGGUGGCUAUGGUUGUGGUGACAGUGGGGGUGAUGGUUAGAGUAAGGGUGGUGGAGGUGGUAGCUGUGGUAGUGAUGGUGAUGGUGGUGGUUUUGGGGGUGAUGGUUAGAGUUAGGGUGGUGGAUGUGGUAGCUGUGGUAGUGAUGGUGAUGGUGGUAAUGGUGGGGCUGGUAGUGGGGGCCGCGGUGGGUGGUGGUGGAGGCAGUGGUUAUGUUGGGAGUGGUGGCGAUGGUAGUAAUGGUGUCAGUGACGACGAUAACUGUGGUGGUGGCGGCAGCGGCAGUGGCGGUGGUGAUAGCCAUGAUAAGAUGAUGGGAAAUAAAAAUUUGUCAUGA